CACGGAGUGAUUAACCGUCCGUGUUGUGUUUUGCGAACCGAAAUGAAAUUCCGAGCCGUAAUAACGGAUACAUUGUGCAUGCGCGAGCUACUGGACAUUGUGACCACAUUCUCGCGAAUAAACCGCAAUAUUGCCAUCAACAUCCAACCGUCGAAGGUGAUCAUUCAAAUCGAAGGCGAAGUGGAAGCCGGUCAGUGUCUGUGGUGUGAAAUCGAUGCAUCGAAUCGGAACGGAUUCUUCAGCGAGUUUGUCAUGGACGGGGUGGAUGCGGAACACAAUCAAAUUUAUCUGAUGGCAGCGACGUCCAACCUGGUGCAAGCGUUGUCCUACACGCGGAACAAUACGAUGGACUACGUGAAGAUGAAGCUGGUGAAAACGGACGUCGCUUGUCUGGAGGUGGAAAUGAGCGGGAUAGUACAUAACGAAAGCGAUAUCAUGAACCCGAAGGUGCAGCAUCAGAUCCCCGUUACGGUGGUACCCAGGAGUGAGUGGGGAAAUUUCGAUCUUCCACUGGAUAUGGUCUACGACCUAACGGUGAUGCUGCCUUCGGUGAAGUCCUUGAAGGGUUUGAUGGAUAAGAAGAAGAAUAUGUCACCAUCGGUGACGAUCUACGCUACGCUGGCCGGAGAGUUAUCGCUGGUAGUGGAAACGGAUGUAGUUACCGUGGCCAGUCACUUCAAGGGAUUACAGUGUGCCCGGGCGAAACCACCGGACGGGGGUGAGACCGAGCCUGAGCAAGAAACCCUGGAAGCAGCAUGCAAAGUGGACGCCAAAAAGCUGUCCACCCUGCUGGAGAGUGUGGACUUUUGUGAAACGAAAAUGAUUGCCAACAUCAAAAACGAACACCUGUUGAAAAUAAAGUUCGAAAUGAGGGAACACGUGUUCAUGAACUUCAUUCUACCGGCUGUGGAUUUCGAAUAAAAGG